AUGGAUAAUCUCACACAUUAUAAAGAGCUUUAUAUUCUAGCGUUUUCCUCCUAUUUAGAAAAGCGACAUCUGAUUUUUACUGCAUUUUUAUUGCUUUACCUAAUCGGAGUAGUAUGGAACCUUGCUAUGAUUAUUGUUAUAUAUUGUGAUUCCCACCUUCACACGCCAAUGUACCUAUUUCUUAUCAAUUUGUCACUUGUUGACAUCUGCUACCCUACAGUCACUCUCCCAAAACUGAUGGACAUCCUUUUGACCAGAAAGAUUGCAAUUUGUCUUAUAACAUGUUUGACUCAGACCUUUUUCUUCAUGUUCAUGGGUGGUACAGAAAUCAUUUUAUUGUCUUGCAUGGCAUAUGAUCGUUAUGUUGCCAUCUGUAACCCGCUACACUAUUCUCUGAUUUUGAACAAUAGAAAAUGCGCAUUGCUUUUGGGAUUGAGUUGGGGCUCAAGCUUUGUGAAUGCCAUUUUUAUAACCCUAAUGGCUUCACAAUUAGUAUUCUGUCAUACCAAAGAGAUUUACCAGUUCUUCUGUGAUGUUAAAGCCCUAUCAGCGAUCUCCUGUGCAGAUGUGGGGUUUCAGCAGGUGAUCUUCAUUGAAGCAUUGCUUUAUGGUCUUUUCCCUCUAGUGAUUAGUUUAACUUCAUAUGCCAAUAUAAUAAAAAUUAUUGCUGGAAUAAAAACAUCACAGGGUAGAAAAAAGGCAUUCUCCACCUGCUUGUCACACUUGUCUGUAGUCAUAUUAUAUUAUGUCACUAUCAUGUGUGUGUACAUGAGGUCAGCAGAUGAAAUCUCUGAUGCAAUGGAUCACUUUUUAUCUGUCUUGUAUACAACUGUAACUCCCAUGUUAAAUCCUUUGAUAUACAGCCUGAGAAACCAAGAUGUCCAGCGCGCCAUACUUAAGCUUGUCGCUUUGAUAAAUGUGAAGUUUGUCCAGUAG